AUGCGGCCCGGGCCCAUUCACUGUCUGUUCGCUCAGCCGGUGCGGCUCCGGGGAAGCGGGGAGGCCGGGGACCGAGCUGUCCCAGCCACACGCGGUGGCCCCCCCAUGUUCCCCCCCACAUUCAUACCCUGCAAUGCGGGCUCCCUUUUCCACAAGCGCCUCAAACCUCCCCGCCUGGAACCUCCCCCUCCCGGGGGCCCACAGCACCCCGUGCGGCUGGUCUGCUCCAGCCCAGAUGCUCUUAGAGGCGCCUGGAAGCUCCAGCGGGUGCCCCUUCAGAGCCUGGCUACUGCUCUCCCCAUGGAGGGGAGGGGGCCUCGAACACCGCUGGUUUUCAGUGAACAUCUGGGGGUGACCUGUGGGGAGGCCGAGAGGUGCCAGCCAGAGCGCCUCAGCGGGACAAAGGGGUGGGAGCUGCCGGUUUCACAGUGGCCGCCCGCUCCCCUGGGGGCGAACCCACACGCCCACUGGGACAAGGAGCCCUCAUCCCAGCAGUACUGGAGGCCUCCCCCCCUCCUCCCCCCUCCGCCCUCCGGUGACCGGCGCUGGUGCCUUCACCAAGGCUUCACCUUUGGGUGCUACUGUGGCGCUGUGAGCGAGGAGACGUGACCGGCUCUGAUCAGCAUCUUACCGGAACCUGGGAUGACCUUACCGGGUUAAACAAGUGCAGGGGGAUAUGGGUCUGUUACCCAGAUGCCUUCGACCCUCUCCAUUGCCACUUUCCUUUCAUUGGGAUUCUUCCUCCGCCUUUGGGGGUUAGAUUUAUGGCCUAAUAAAUGUAUUGUA